AUGCAGAGACAGCAAGAUAUGGCUCAGGCGUCAGUGGGCAUCAAUACCAACACGCAAGAAAUCGAAGCAGCGCGAGCAAAAACUGUAGCUGCGGUUGCAGCUGUGGUGGCGGCCGCGACCAAGAAGAGAAAGGAGAGGGAAAUGGAAAGGUUGGUAGGGAUAAGGACGUCGAUGGUGGUGGAUGGGUCGGGUGAGGAUGGGCAGUAG